AUGACAACUGCUGCUACCAGUGCAGCAGCACAACACGGUUGUGGGACUACUCCUGCUGCUGCAAAAGCAGCAACAACAGCAGCAGCAGCAGCAGCAGCAGAGGAGGAGACAGAUUUAGCAUGGCCUCUGCCACGAGAUAAUGAUUGCCGUUUUGCUGCUGAUCUACUAAAGUGUCUCUCUACAUGGAUUGAGUUACCUCUACCUAGCAGCAGCUGGCUGCAUAGUCUUAGCAGCAGCAGCAGCAGCAGCAGCAGCAGCAGCACAGCAGCAGCAGCAGCAGGGGGAGAGACACCUGAACAGCAGCAGCAGCUGUCUGAACACCUCGAGGGAUGGCGAUUGCUGCAAGGAAAGGGAAAGUGUCUCCGCGUCUUCUCCGCUGGACACCCGAAGACAUUCUUCUUCUGCAGCAGCACCAACAGCAGCAGCAGCAGCAACUCUACCAGCAGCAGCAGCAGCAGCAGUAGCAGCAGUAGCAGUGACGGGGGUGUAGCAGCUGCUGCAGCUGCGACAGCGAAUAUCUCUGAUCUAACUGUAGGCGACUGUAUCGAUCUAAAAGUUGUAUUAUUAGGCUAUAAAGGUGGAUAUAAGGAGACAGCAGCAGCAGCAACAGCAGCAGCAGCAACAGCAGCAGCAGCAACAGCAGCAGCAGCAACAGCAGCAGCAGCAACAGCAGCACCAUAUGAGGAAGAAUGCCUAGGAGGAAUGUUCUGUGAUGAUCCAGGGUCUCGUAGGGUUUAUUUAUGGCGUAUUCCUGCUUCGGAUCUAAGAAAACACUUCGAGGAGACAACAGGACAGGGAGACGAGUUGGGGAUCGAUGGGGAUCGAUUUGCGGGGAUCGAUGAAUUCUAUUGUUAUGAUGAUGUAAGAAGGAGGCACUAA